UAAAAAUAUGGAAAGCGAAAAACCAUUUUCUGACUUUAUUCUACAGCCAGAAAGAUCACUACGUCUGAGUCAUCGUCCAAGGAGGAUCGAAAAUGUGAAAAUAGACUCUGCCUUUUUCUGGACAAUGAUGGUAAUCGUCCUCAUAUGAAUUGGUUGUAUAACCUGCUGAGUCAUACUCAAACUUAUUUCAAAUAGACGCUCAAUUAGAAGAAAGCUCAGGAGCUACGGUAUUGUAAUAGGAGAAGCCUCCGUUGCAAAUGUCAAAGAGAACAAUAUUGAUAUCCAAUCAGAGAGAAAAUAAAAUUCUUAGAACUCGAAUUCAUAGUGCACAAGCACCAAGAAGAAGAAUAAGAAAUAGCCACAGAGCCAGAAGAGAUUCUAGACGGUCAAGACAAUCAAGGCAAUCGAGAUAUAAUAAUCUCCCUGCUUACGGAAACUAUUCUCCAAAUGUUCUGACACCUAUCCAAAGGAACAGCCGGCAAAGAGCAACAGGGUCAAGAGCGUCUCCUAGAUUUUCUUCAUCUCCAAAAUCAAAUAGGUCUCGGAAAUCUGCAUUGCCAAUACUAAACCCUUCUCAACCAUGAGAUCUAAGCUAUUUACCUAUGAUCAACUUAAGGCAUAACAAUUACUUAAUUUAAAGCCCUUGCG